UUUCUUCUUUACUAGGUAUCUAGGGUUCUCAGUUAGGUCGUCGUUUGUUCGUGCGUCGGAGAAGCGCCAUGAGGCAUCCAGAGAUUGUGUGGGCGCAGCAUUCAGAGCGCGUGUUUCUCACCAUUGAACUGCCCGAUGCCAAGUCUCCGGUUGUGAAGAUUGAGCCGCAAGGGAAGCUCAAGUUCUCCGCGACGGCUGGAGCUAGCGAUGAGAAAUACGAAGUGGAGCUGGAGCUGUUCAAGGAAAUUAACGUGGAGGCGAGUAAGAUUAGCACUGGCGCGCGGCAGAUUUUCGUUGUCAUUGAAAAAGCAGAGAAGAUGUGGUGGCCGAGGCUAAUCAAAAGUGAGGGAAGAGCUCCUCCUUACUUGAAAGUGGACUGGAACAAAUGGGUUGAUGAAGAUGAGGAGAACGAGGUUGGAGGUGGUGGUGGUGGUGCGGAAGAUUUCGAACUAGGCGGGCUUGGUGAUCUCUCGAACUUCGACAUGGGUGGAAAUGAAGCCGAUAGCGACGAUGAAGAUCCAGAGACUCUUCCGGACGCCUCGAAAAAAACCGACACAGCGACGACGCUGGAGAAAACAGCUGAUCCGGAGGAGCUUCCAGACGCUGCGAAAGCCGAGAGUUGACCCGCUCGCCUCGCCCAGGAUUUUGAUGACAAAAGAUCAAAGACGAGCGCGGAUUGUUAGCUAGAACUUUAGGAUUAUUCUAGAGACUCCCCCAACAAGUUACAAGUUUUUCUUUCUUUCGCGAGCUCGGGUUUAUAGCUGCUGCUUCGGCCAUGGAUUUGAUGAAUUGGUUCCUACGCAGUAAAUCUAUAUGCAUGAAUCAAACGUAAGAAUAUGCCCA